GGCACACAUGCGCAGUACAGGCUUACUUCCGGGUGCUUCGCUAUAUAAGUUGAUUUUUUUUUAUUGACGACACAGUUUGAAAUGAAAUAUUAUUAGGUUGUGACAGUGUCGACGUUGUUGUUGAACUAGUUCCUUCAGUUUACAGAAAAGGAUAUCUACAGAUAUGUCAACAAAUAAAGUUGCACUUGUCACUGGUUCCAACAAAGGCAUUGGCUUUGCAGUGGUGCGCGCAUUAUGUAAGGAGUUUCCCGGCGAUGUAUACCUCAGUGCCCGGGAUGUUGACCGGGGUACUGCGGCAGUAGAGAACCUGAAAACUGAAGGCUUAAACCCAUUCUUUCAUCAGCUCGAUAUCUCCGAUCUGGCGAGCGUGCGCCAUGCCCGAGAUUUCUUCAAGGAGAAAUACGGCGGCCUCGAUGUACUCGUUAACAACGCCGGUAUUGCGUUCAAAGUUAAUGAUUCCACACCUUUUGGAAUCCAAGCUGAGGUCACUCUGAGAACAAACUUCCUUGACACCAGAGAUUUGUGCAACGAGUUCCUCCCUAUCAUAAAACCAGGAGGGAGAGUAGUUAAUGUUUCGAGUGGAAUGAGCUCCAUUGCUCUGAAGAGUUGCAGCCCAGAACUCCAGGCAAGGUUCCGCAGCAAUGACAUCACAGAGGAAGAGCUGGUGAUGCUGAUGGAGAAGUUUGUGCAGGAGGCCCAGAAAGGUGAACACACCCAUAAAGGCUGGCCAAACACGGCCUAUGGGGUGUCCAAAAUUGGCGUUACGGUGCUGUCCAGGAUCCAGGCCCGCAGGCUUAGGGAGGAGAGGGCCGGGGACCAGAUCCUCCUUAAUGCCUGCUGCCCAGGCUGGGUGAGAACCGACAUGGCAGGUCCCAAUGCCGCCAAAUCCCCUGAUGAGGGCGCUGUCACUCCUGUCUACCUGGCCUUGCUGCCAGUUGGUGCGACAGAGCCACAGGGACAGUUUGUGUCUGAGAAGCAGGUGCAGGUGUGGUGAGCAUAUGACCUUCACAAAGUGAAGUGAUAAUCUAAUACUGUUUAUUACAAUUUAAUGAUUGGCUCAGUGACGUAAUGUGUUUUUUGUGUACAAAUCAAAAUAUUUUCAUUAAUAAACAAUAAAUGUAUGCUGAUAUUAUAUGAAA